AGUCAUUUUUAUUUGUCAAUCACAAAUAUAAAGAAAAGGUUGGGAUUGGAUACAGUUGUUGAACUAGUAAGCAAGCGAUGAUAUUGUUUGAUAGUUUCUAUUCAGUAACCUUUCUUAUUGUUAUUCUCGUCUUCUUCCAAACAUUCCAAGUACAUGGAAAUUCUCAAACCAAUUUCGCAAAAACAACUGGAACCCAUUUCACGAUAAAUAACAAACCUCUUUACUUAAAUGGAUUCAAUGCAUAUUGGAUGAUGUACAUGGCCUCUGAUCCUUCUACUAGGGCUAAAGUCACAUCUGCGUACCAACAAGCCUCCAAGAAUGGCAUGAAUAUUGCUAGAACUUGGGCUUUCAGUGAUGGCGGUACUGAUAGACCCCUCCAGAUUUCUCCCGGUUCCUACAACGAAGUUACUUUCAAGGGAUUGGACUUCGUGAUAUCAGAAGCUGGAAAACAUGGAAUGUAUGUGAUACUGAGUUUAGUGAAUAACUUUAAAGAAUAUGGAGGUAAAGCGCAGUAUGUUGAGUGGGCAAGACAACGAGGCCAGCAAUUGAGUAGCGAUGAUGAUUUCUACACAAACCCUACUGUCAAAGCAUACUAUAAGAACCAUAUCAAGGCUGUGCUCACGAGAGUUAACUCCAUAACAGGAGUGACGUACAAAGAUGAUCCCACCAUUUUUGCAUGGGAACUAAUGAACGAGCCUCGUUCCUCUAACUCUUCUGGAACUCAAAUUCAGGACUGGGUCAAAGAAAUGGCGGCCCAUGUCAAGUCUAUUGAUAGUUACCAUCUACUGGAAAUUGGGCUAGAAGGGUUUUACGGGGAUUCAAGAAAGCUAUUCAAUCCUGGUAAUUACCUUGUUGGGACUGAUUUCAUCUCCAACAAUCAAGUUCCUGGGAUAGAUUUCGCCACUAUUCAUCUUUAUCCUGAAACCUGGUUGCCAAACUCGAGUGAAGAGGAACAGGCUGCGUUUGUAGACAAAUGGAUCAAAGCCCAUAUCCAAGAUUCCAAUAUAGUGCUUAAAAAACCACUUAUUAUUGGUGAGUUUGGAAAAUCUUCCAAGUAUCCUGGCUUCAGCUUGUCAAAAAGGGAUAGCUAUUUUGGGGUGAUUUACAGUGCUAUAUACAACAGUGCCAAGAGUGGAGGCCCAUUUUGUGGUGGGAUUUUUUGGCAACUCAUGGUCCAAGGAAUGGAGAGCUGGGGAGAUGGCUAUCAGGUUGUCUUGGAGGAGUCUCCCUCCACUGCCAGUGUCAUUGCUCAACAGUCCCGCAAACUAUCAGCUAUUACAUGAUUUUUUUUUCUUUUUUAAAGAGAACACACACAUAUGAGACAGGAAUUGGUUAAAAGGAAAAAAAGUCUCAUUUAAAUAAAUGUACUAAUUACACAAAAAAAAAAAAAAAAAGGAAAAGAAAAGAAAAAACCCCUUCGUUGAAAUUAUUGCUAGUUUCCAUUUAUUCCAUCCCUGCUUAUUCCACCUAAAACCACGUCCCUCUCCUAUAUAUACAAGUAUCCAUCUCCAAUGCUCCCUUUUACCUUGCUUGUUUAAGAAAAAAAUUCAAAAAAGAAAAAGAAAAAGAAUUUUAUAUGAUCGUCCCGUCCUUUAUGACAGAAUUUUUCAUCACAACUGUUAUUCCGGAUCUAAUGUAGAAUCCCUCAGAUGGUCUCACUGCCUCUUGCACAUGCUGCAGUUCAAGCCACAAAGAAGAUGAAAUGUUUAUAUCAAUAAAAAUGCUGUAAAUACUUGGUUGUGUAAUGUUAUAUCCUGCUAUUUCAAUGUCAGUCUGCUUGCGUUCUUACUCUUAAAGAAUAAUGAAAGAAAAUGGGGGUGGAAAUUUU